UAACACGUUGAAUAGAAACGGACUUCGAUAAAAUUGACAAAUAUCUAUCCAAUGCUAGAUUCGAUGCCUAUGUGUGAAUUUAAAGUUGAGCCGAAACUCGAAAAUAAGAUUUUGGAUUUAGACAAUUCCGCUGAAAUGAAAUCGAACCAGGUUAACUUGACCCAUCUUUUAAAUGCCGUGGAUAGUGAAAUGACCGUCGGGAGUGAGAAAGGAGACCCAACUGAAAGACAGUUAAAUGUUAAACUUGAAGAGAAGGAUCUAUGGAGUAAAUUUAAAGAAUAUACAAACGAAAUGAUAGUGACAAAAAAUGGAAGGCGAAUGUUCCCUGUGUUCAAAGUUAGUAUUUCUGGAUUAGACCCUAAUGCCAUGUACACAGUCUUACUGGACUUUGCCCAAGUAGAUACUCACAGAUGGAAGUACAUCAAUGGGGACUGGGUAGCAGGGGGAAAGGCAGAACCCGCCGCGCCCAACUGUGUCUAUAUACAUCCUGAUUCCCCAAACUUUGGGGCCCAUUGGAUGAAGGAACCAGUUUCUUUCAGCAAAGUAAAACUGACAAACAAAUUGAAUGGAGGUGGACAGAUAAUGUUGAAUUCCUUACACAAGUACGAACCAAGACUUCACAUAGUUAAAGUUACAAACAAUCAGAAAAAGAAGAUCAGUAGCUUUAAUUUCCCGGAGACACAGUUUAUCGCCGUCACUGCCUACCAAAAUGAAGAGAUCACAGCACUCAAAAUUAAGCAUAACCCGUUUGCAAAAGCUUUCCUGGACGCUAAAGAAAGACCUGAUCAGAAAGAUUUUGUAGACGAUGUUAUAGACGGUCAACGAUCUCUGUCUCACUUAGCUGGAGCUUGGUAUUUACCACCAGGGGGACAUGGUUUGGUUCCACCUCCAGCCCACCAAUUCACUAAUGCCUUAAACUUGUCCAAUACCCACUGUGACAGACUGAGUCUGAGGAACACACGGACAUAUCAUCCUUACCAAAGACGAUCUCCACCUCAUGCCUUUUCUAGAGAUGUUAGUCCAAAUAUACCAAUGCUGAACAUGGACAGCUGGCCACAUAUGGCAACAUCUUCUCACAACGUCCUUUCCUCUAAUACCUCACCACAGUCACAAUACGGAAUGUGGAUGAGUGGUCACAUGAGUAACAUUUCAACAAAUCAGAGCUGUUCUGUACCAUAUCUGCGAUCGAACCCGUCGUAUCCAUCACUAGGAGUAGGACCAAGUGUUCCGAAUGUAACUGUAUCAUCUUGUAGUGUUCCGAACUCUAUUUCCUCUCAGUCACCUCUGUCCCCAUUUGAGUCUUGUGAACUGUCUUUUUCCUCACCCAUGAGAGACUCUUUACGGAACAAUGCCUGGAGUCCACUGACGCCGCCACCUAUGUAAAAUAUUGAACCAAUUUAAUAUGUGAUGCUAGUAUUACAAUAUUACGAGCAAAAUAUCAUGUUUCAUAUGUUUUAUGAAAUGUAUGAUUAAAUACGGGCAAUUAGAUGCCAAGUUUGUUAGACUAACGAAUGAGAGAGUAUUACGGUUAUAAAUGUUUUUAAGAAAUGCAUGAUUAUUGGCAAGUAUAGAUGCCAUUUUGGUUAGAGUUUUGAAUGAGAUAUUUGUGAAUGAUAUGAGUCGGGGUAUUGAAAAUGAAUGCGUGAGAUCUGCGAAAAUGAGAAAGGGUAAGUGAAUACGAGUUAAAGAAUGAUUUGUGUGUUUGGUUCAUAAAAGAUGUAACAAAAGAUGUAUUUAAGUAUUAACUGAAAAUCUGUUGUUUGGUACGCAUGUUUCUAUUACUAAUGGCCAUUGAGAGUUGUUGGUACUGUUCUACUAAGAUGUACACAGAAAGUUCACUUGUUUCACAAUUGUCUCAAAAUUCCUUUCAUUCUGUAUGCUCAUGCAAUAUCAAUGAUGCCAUUAAAAUAUAGGUUUUAUGAACAGCCAGGCUAAUUCCACAACUAAUGGUAGUACAAAUAGUCCAUUUAUUUCCAAAAGAACCAGAAGCGCUUUAUCCUAUUUUGUUUUAUAACUUCCAAAAUCCAACAAGAAUUUACUAGUGACAAGUUGCUUAAGUUUAAUUUAAGGAUAUCUAGAUACAGUGCAGUAUAAUAAUCUAUGGUUAGCAGUGAUUAAAAGGAAACAAAUUAAAUGUAUGAGUGAAUUUGACAAGAAUCGUUUGAACAGGUGUUGAAAGUAAAUAGAUCAGCGGAAUCUACAGGUAGAUGUUGGCAAAAACAGUAUACACAAAUCUUGGAUCCUUUCACAAGUUUUCAAUGAACACCUAUUUAUUAAUUUCUUGUACUCGUCAGAUACCCAGUAAAUCACUUGAUAACGGUCAAUACAGUCUUUAUUACUGCCCAUUGCUGGCAAUACCCUGUUAGAAAAGGUGAAACUUUUUAGAUAACCUAUAAUUUAUGUGAUUUCUGAAUUUAAAUUAUUUCACUAAAUCUGUAAUACAAAAUGAGAAGCAGAUCAAAGAUUACCAGGCUUAUGCCAAUUGACUUUUUUUCUAAAGACCUCCACACAUUUUAGUGGGAGUCUGUUCAGGUGACAGUAGAAUAUAGAGAGGUGAACAAGCUGCUUAAACACAUAAAUUUUGUUUCCACAUUUAUAUUUACUUUGACAAUAUUGAGAGAUCCCAUUUUUAUCUAGUAUCUAUAAGAACUAUAUAUCUAGGUCAAUGUAUGUGAUGCUUUUGUUAUCACACAGUCACAAAGUAUUCAAAUCGCUAUUUCCAUAUCAACAAAUAAUUUCAGAAUUGAUAGUAUCAAAAUAAUUAGAAAAUGUAAAAAGGGUACUUUAUAUUAAUAAUCAUAAAAUAUUGAGGUCUGUUAUCCAAAAACGAGCAUUAACAAUAUCCGAUAUCCAGAGGAAAAAAAUUAGCGUAAAGGAUCACCCCUCAGGUUGGACAUUUUUCUUCAAGUUAUAUCUGAAUAAUCCUCGAUGAACCGAAAGGACUAGGGAACACUAUUUAUUUGGCGUUAGAAGAAAAAUGCUAUCGUCCUGGUUACAUUUCAGAUGUAAGAGUGCUGUCUGUAUAUAUAAAAUGAUAAAUGUAUUAUAUUGUAUAAGGUUAUAUAAAUACUGAAUAUAUAGAGUGAAUAGUGAGAGAUAUAAGGUGCUAUUACUGUUAUUGUAUACAUGGGUAAUUAUCAUUUAAGUGAACAUGUCAAGUGUAUUUUUGAAACAGUUUACAAAAAGUCAAAAAGGCAAUA